AGUAUCUUUUUACAAUUGCUCMCUGCCAAURAAAUGGCCGCCAUAUCUAAGAAGUGGCUCAUUAUCACGUGAUUAGAAUGAAGUGCUUUCCAGUCAUAAUUGGAUUGUGUUGUCGAUAUCAAGCGCUGAUUGCGCGCUGUUCUUUUUUCCAUCUAGGUAUCUACAAGAUUGUAAAUUAGAGCUUAUUGAAAACGGAACAUUUCAAAACAUGUCUUUUGUGAAAGGAUUGAAACUUAGUGGCAACCAUCUAACACGCUUUCCUGACCUGAAAGGAAUAUCAAAAUCCAUUCAACUGCUCGAUCUGUCAGACAACCGCAUCAGGGACAUUUCUCCCAUAGCACAGUCUGGAAUCGAAGACAUUCUCCAGUUGGACCUGAGCUACAACCGAAUCGUGUCUAUUCCGGAUGACUUCAAAAAAGUGAAGAUUUUUGUUUAUCUGUCAUUUUCAAAUAACCAAAUCAAGAAAAUACCUGCUGGUGUACUGAAGGCGUCCAGUAGUCUCCUCCAACUGUUUUUACAAAAUAAUGAAAUUGAAGUCAUCGAAAAAGGGAGCUUUGAUGGUAUGACCAGCCUGAUUGGAAUGUAAGUCUAUCUUUUAUGGGAAGGAUUAUUUAUCUGAAAAUAAAAAGACUUUAGAAUAAAAAUUAACGUAAGUA